UCUCUCCCUCCCUCUCUCUCUCUCUCUUUAGAUAGACCAUGUUAUUUCCAUGAAGAACGGAGCAAGAAAACAAAUAUAAGAAAAACCAGGGUUUCUUCCAAAGUUCUCAUUCUAUUUCUUGGAGGAAAAAGGAAACUAAUUAAAUACAAUAUAAAGACGACAUGCAACUCAAUCAGAGUAAACGGAGUCGCAUAUCUAAGCUUUCUGAUACUCUUGAGCUUAAGCAAGAUGAGCUUCCGGUGUGCCCUAAACCUCGUCGGCCUUCGGAGUUCGUCUACCCUCUCAAUUACAUGCAAAGCAAUUCUAGCCAUCAACAAGUGAGCAGUGAGAUUCUUGAGAUGAUAGGGAUAAAGAGUGAUGAGUUGCAUGAGUGCUCAAGUAAUGGUUGCCCACCUUCAUGUUAUUGUGGAUCUCCUCCAACCAGAGUUGACAACCCACAUGUCCAUGAUGUUCACUUUCUUCAACAAGCAAAGCUUCUCCAACAAUAUGCUCAACCUCUCUUGCCAAAGAGACUUGAUUUCUGAACUCUUCUGAUGCUCUAUUAGACUAUUUAAUUAAAUGUUUUAUCUAUAAAAUUAAACAGGUCUUUUAUUUACUCUUUAGUUAAUAUGGCAGUAUAUUAAGGGUUAGUUAAUUAGGUAGUAGAAAGUUAUUAGUAGAUGGGUUUGGAUAUUGCUCUAGUGUGUGGGGGGUUCAAUUUUGUUUUCAAAAGAACUUCUAUGUACAUACAUGAAGCAAUGGUUUCAUAUAUAUUGUGCCCUUU